AUGAAAUCAUUUCCAUACGUCCUAUAUACCUCUAUCCUCUGUAGCGUAAUCACUGUGAUAAACCUUUUCCACCUCCCACUUGUGCAUCUGCUUCAUGAUCUGACAAUUCUUAGUGUGUUUAGAAGGAGCGCCACUCCGUCUGAAUGGGAUGAACGCAUAGGGUGGACUGAAUUUAACCCUUCCCAUUUGUUCCGCCUCUUGUUUUUAAAAAAUUGGCUAACGAUACCACGGCGGAAGUCGUCCUCCCCAUUUGGUGGUACCCCGGAGGAAGAAGGUGGAGAAGAUGUUGCAACUCUUUUCAACAAGGUUGCCCCCCUUCUGGGGAACAUUGCAGCUGUGUGGAAAACCAUCCAGAAAAAAAGUCUCCACACUGAGUGGAGAUUUCCUUCCAGUGAAGAGUUGAGACCCCAGGGAGGCUGCAAAAACGUUUACGCAUUUGUUGGAAAAAUCUGCAAAUAUGUCUGUUUGUUGUACGAGGGCGUGAGAGCCUCUGUCUGUGGGUUGUCACGUUUGGAAUUGGAGAGGCCGAGUGGUUGCGGUCUAUUCGGUGUGACCUUUGCCCACGCGAGGGGUAUGGAGGAGCACCCCGCAGGGAAGAAUCGGGAAGAAGGGAAGUAUAACCGUUGCUCAGGUGAAGACUCCCCCGUUGUAGAGCCCCCCCGCGAUGGAUCCGCCAAGUGCCGAGACCUCCUGAACGACAAGUACCUCCUGACGAAGAAGAUAAAGGACGCGUUCCGAAAAACGAGAAGGAGCAGCCUGCACAAACUGGAUGUCAUCUUGAUGCCUCGUGCCUCACUGGAGCAUGGAGUGAAAGGCGAACAAACCUGUACAAAUUGCAUGGUAAACGCCGAUAAGUCGCUCUACGCGUUGCGGUUAAGAAGUGAUAACUUCGGGGAAGGACCCCCCAAAUCGAUUUACGGGUCCAACUCAUCAGAUGUACAGAUGUACUAUGACUAUGAUUACGAGCGGGAGGAGCACAUCCAGGAUAUUCCCUCCAAUGCGGUGGAAGGAGGAGAAAUUGGAAAAGAUCGACAGCAGAGCGAAGGGAAAUUGUCCCCACCGAUGGCGUGGCUAAAGGGAACAUACAAAAUGAUCGAUUUUGCAAAGAGGUUAUUCCUCAGCCAUGUGGAGGAAGCGGAUUCCGAGCUGAAAAGAGACAUAAAGCGAUACGAUCCGAAGAAGCUAAACUAUACAGUAAAGGAAAAAAUGGGAACCGGAGCAUUUGGAGAAAUCUGGUACGCAAUAAAUAUGAAGAAGGAUUCUCCAUUCAAAGAUGUCGUGUUAAAGAAAAUCCUAAUUCAUCAGGAUGAACAAUCAUCGGAGGCAAGUGCAAAGAGAGAGAUCCACUUUGGGGAGCUUCUAAAAAAUUGCCCAAAUGUAAGUCGCUUUAUUGAAUUCUUUACCGAAUAUGAAAGGGGAAGUGAAUCAGAGGAGACCAAGUAUGUGUGGCUGGUUUUUGCAAAUGAAGGGUACUCCUUAGCCAAUCAUCUAUUCCAUGUAGACAAAGAUAAGGGAGGGAUGUUAACCCCAAGUAGGUUAUGGUGGAGUAUAAAGAAGCAAAGCAUUGGCAUGCUAGUACUGAAAGAUUUAAUGCGCCAGAUUUUAAAAGGAGUUAACAGUGCACAUAAGAGGGGGAUCACUCAUAGGGAUAUAAAAAUGGAAAACAUUUUCGUUUCCGCAAGUACCCCCUUCACUGUUCGUAUUGGUGACUGGGGUAGUGCAGUAGAGUAUAACAAUGAUGACUCUUUAUAUCCUCCUUCAGAAAAUGAAGAAACAGAAGGGUACCAACCACCCGAAUCGCUAUUUGGUCAUAUGAAAAGGAACUUUAAACGUUUACCCUAUUAUGAUAUGUGGGGUAUAGGUAUCGUAUUUCUCCAAUUCGUCUUGGGCACGAAAAAUCCUCUAGAGGUUAAAAAUAAAAGGAAUGAAAUGAAACUGCAUAGUUUCUACGCCAAGUAUGCAACCCCGGAGGCAUUAAAAGAGGCCAUCUUUCUGCAAAGUCUUUCCGAGUUGUGUCUAAUGCCCUGGAAUGCCUCUUCAAACAAAGUGAUUUCCCUCAAACGGGAAAGACUGCCUCAUUCGUCCAUUUAUAAAAACAACAACAUUUUGAAUACGUUGCAUUAUUUUCUCUCCUUCAAUUUGGUUCAUUUAAAGAACUACACAUUGAGCAACUGGCGGAGUAGUUACCUUGCCAACACAUACAACUCUCAGGUCCCCUUCUUCCGGGAUUCCUCUCCUCUCUGUGCGGAUGCCAACUAUCUGCAGUUGUACGACCCUGGUCUGGCACCCCUUCCCAGUUUUAGUGGCCACUCCGGGGAAGCUCCCUACGAGAAUGUCAUCGUCACGGAUUUGCACCACUUAGAGGGGCACACAUGUGUGCACUGCGAGAAUAACGUACAGAUGAGUAAAGGAGCGCAGAUGAGCAAAGCCGCGAAGAUGGGAAGAGCCCCCCGGAUGAACCAAAUGAUGUACCAACACUCUCGCGCGCACGCGCUGCUUGCCCCCCCCUGCGACGACGAGCAGUUUCAGCGGAUCCUGAAGGAGAGAGACCCUUCGGGCGUGGGGCUCCCUAACGCCAACGCGAGAGACCUGCUCCGGCGCUUGCUCACCUUUGACUACUCCAAGCGGAUUACUGCCGAGGAGGCUCUUAACCAUCCCUGGUUCACCGAGCCGUAG